GUUGCUUAUAAUUUCUAGAACAAGGCAGUUUGGUCAAGUGACUAAACCGACAGGCUCGAAUUCCUCGAAGUGCUGGGUAGCUGACAUUUCUUUUUGAAUUUUUUUUCUAGCUUCAUCUACGACCUAGCGAUAUGGGAUUGAACUCAUUGGAGGGCUCGUGCGUGCCAAUUUCAUCGACAUGGUCAAUUUUAGCGCGUCCUGAGGGUUUCCCCUCUCCUGUCCCUUUCAUUCACUUAUGUCCCCACUGUUCCCUGGGCAUCAUGCUGAGAUUGUACUGCGCGAAACCUUCCUGCUAGUAGUUGGACUAGGGAAAUCCCGGGGAGUGAGGGUUUCGGCAUGGAGCCCGGAGGUUUCGGUUGACAUCAUCCGUCAUCCUUCACAUUCUCCGCGGGGUUAAAACCUGAAACUGGUGUCGCAGGCCUAUUC